AAUAAAAUAAAAUUCAACAGCAUCGCUCGUUGCAGAACGAAGAACUGAAGAAGAGCCAAUUCCAUCGCAAAUGCAGCCGAAGAUCAACGCUUUCUUCAAAUCUCCCUCUUCCUCCGCUCCCACAUCCCUCUCCGACGAUGACUUAUCCGCCUGGGAGAACAAACAGCACCAAAUCUCCAUCACCUACACCCGAAACCGCCACAAAUCCACCACCGUCACUUCCCCUCCCAACCCGGAACCCACCGUAACCGGAAAACCCGUCGUCAAGAACAAGAAGAGGAGCUAUGCCCAGUUCCACCUCGACUUCGGCCAAUCCGACUUCCUUCUUCGCCGCUGCUCCACUUGCGGCGUCAAGUUCACCCCCGGCGACGCUGAAGACGAGAAAUCACACAAGGAGUUUCACAAUUCCUACACCCAGGGGAUCCAAUUCAGAGGUUGGACCAAGGAAAGGAUUAUCUCAGUGCCCACCGUCAAAGAGGAUCGAAUCGUUUUGGUCUUGGACAGCGAUCCUUCUGCUCAUAGGAACAAGGUUGAACAAGUUGUGAAAAUGAUGGAAAUUGAGUUUGGAAGUGGAUGGAUAGUUCAUCAACACUGUAAGGUCUAUCUGUUUGUUUCUCUUCAGAGGAUUGUUGGGUGCCUGGUUGCGGAGCCAAUCGAAGAAGCGUUCAAGGUUGUGUCUUGCUCGGAUGCUGGGCAUUCUGAUGGUGUAAGGAGAAAGGAAAAGAAGUCAAGCUCAACCACUCUCCAGUUUGGGAAUAUUUUAUUUCAAAGGGAAGUUGAAAAAAGAGCGGUGACCUUGAGUGGUUCUGAGGUGAUGGAUGCUGGGGCAAUCUUCUGUGAGAAUGAACCAGUUGCUGCUGUUUGUGGUAUUAGAGCCAUCUGGGUUACUCCCUCAAACAGGAGAAAACGCAUUGCUAGCCAAUUGCUAGAUGCUGUGAGGAAAAGUUUCCGCUCAGGCUGUGAGCUUGAACAUGCUCAGCUAGCAUUCUCUCAGCCAACCUCAGCUGGAAAGGCAUUAGCAUCUAGUUACACUGGUACUGGAUCAUUCUUGGUGUAUAAAGCCAAUAAAACAGAGGUGUAGAGAAAGAAAAAUGAAUACAACAAGUCAUGUCUUGAAAAUCUGGUGCAUACCUCUCCACUGAUGAAUAGAAUGAUGUUGUCCAAGUUCAUUCAAUGGAGUGAUUUGUUAUCUUUAUCAUCUUUUUGUGAUGUUGGAGAAGAUAGAGAUUAAAGGAGAGUUGGAGAACUAAGAUUAGAAACCAACAAUUCCAAGGGAGCAGUGGCCUGCCUUAUUAUAGGUUGUGUAACUGGUAAUUUUUUAUAAUCUUGUUGAAGUUCCAUUCUUGUAGUGAGAUUGCACUAAUGAUGUAACUAGAUAUAAGUUUAAUAUUGUGCAAUUAUAUUUUGACUUUUCGAUAGGUCUAAACAUUGGAUUUUUGGUUUAAUCCUGUUACUCCGGAUGAAAUUUGUAAGAGAGGAAUAUUUUGUGAAAUGCUUCGUAAA